ACCCUCUUCUCUUCAUCCAUUUGAGCUCAUAUUAAUUCAGUGCUAUCCAUAGAACAGUACUUAUCUGCAAACCUUGCACAUCAAGAAACAGAUUGCCAGCGAUCUACAUGUGUUAAGUGCUACACUGUAAAGCACGAGACAAAAGCUAGUCUCAAAGCGUAAUAGCCUACUGAAUUUUGAUUGAGACUAUCCCCUUUUCCAUUUAUAUUAACGUCUCUCUCUACUUAUCACUUACUGUGAUUGUAUAUUAUACAUAAUAUUAUCUUUACAUUAGUAGGUUUAUGCUACAACUGCAAGUGUAGGCUAGUUGUAGUUAUAGGGAUAACAGUUGACGGUAUAGUCAAUUUUAGAGGCCAUUACCUUGUCCAUAAUUCUUAUAUUUUGGGGUAACAUUUAGUAAGAACCCAUCUGGGGAGAGAGACACUGCGUCCUCCUCCCCAAACUACCCUAAAAGGAAACCCAAUUUCUCUUAGUCAGUUCUCACCCAAACGCAACCAUAAAGUUCCUACCGCAUCCACCUCCUUCCCCCUCCUUUCGCUCAAAUAUAUCCCAUUUUUUUAGUUUGGUUUGGUCCCGUAAAUUUUCAAAUAUUUAUUUCCUAUAUAUAAAGAGGAAAGGGGGUCCCCCUUUCAUGGAAUGCGGAAAUAUGGGUCUGUUUGACCGCGGAGUUCAGAUGCUAUUGACCACUGUGGGCGCAUUUGCCGCCUUCAGUCUCAUGACCAUCGCGGUUGGCACGGACUACUGGCUGUACUCGCGCGGCACGUGCAAGUCAAAGUCGGUCAGCGAUAACGAGACCAGCAAGAAGAACGAAGAGGUGAUGACCCAUUCGGGAUUGUGGAGGACGUGUUGCUUAGAAGGGAACUUUAAAGGGAUGUGUAAACAGAUAGAUCACUUUCCUGAGGACACGGACUACGAAGCGGACCCCUCUGAGUACUUCUUACGUGCGGUGCGAGCUUCCAGCAUCUUCCCCAUCCUCAGUGUCAUCCUGCUCUUCAUGGGAGGGCUGUGUAUAGCUGCCAGCGAGUUCUACAAGUCACGCCACAACAUCAUCCUCAGUGCAGGCAUCUUCUUUGUGUCUGCAGGCCUGAGUAACAUCAUCGGGAUCAUCGUGUACAUAUCAGCUAACGCAGGGGAUCCCUCUAAGAGUGACUCGAAGAAGAACAGCUACUCCUACGGCUGGUCCUUCUACUUCGGAGCCCUGUCCUUCAUCAUGGCCGAGAUGGUGGGUGUCCUGGCAGCCCACAUGUUCAUCGACCGCCAUCGGCAGCUCCGGGCCGGGGCCAGGGCUGCCGACUACCUCCAGGCCUCGGCCAUCACGCGCAUCCCUUCCUACCGCUACCGCUACCGCCGCCGCUCACGCUCCUCCUCCCGCUCCACAGACCCCUCGCACUCCCGCGACACCUCGCCCGUGGGCCUCAAGGGCUUCAGCGCGUUACCCUCCACAGAGAUCUCCAUGUACACACUGCCCAGGGACACCCUGAAGCCCGGGGGCACGCCGACCGCCACCUACAACUCGGAGAGGGACCACAACUUCCUGCAGGUCCACAAUUGUAUCCAGAAGGAAAAAGACUCAGCCAACACCAGCACAGCCAACCGCCGCACCACACCUGUAUGAGGGAACUCUGAGAGCAGAGCCCGAGGGAGGGGAGAUAGGGAGGCCCCCACCCAGGUCUCUAAUAUACCAUAGGCCAGGAUGAGUUUCCAUGUUUAUAGAGAUUGAUGAUUUUGUUUCAUUCAACUGCAUGAUUUUCCCAUCUACCAUUGUUGAGAGAGUCGAAAGGGGUUUGUUGAGUUCCGUUGGAGUAAAUGGUAGUACUGGGAGAAUGGGGAAGAUUGUCAUUAGAGACGGAGUCAUUUUUCUGGGCGGGGUCGGGUGAUGAGGGUGGGGCACUGAAGGGGAGGGUUAUGAUUUAAAUUCGAUUCAUGAUAUCAUAACCUUUUGGUUUUGACAGUUUGGCUCCACAGUUUUGGUGGUGCAACAAGCUGCUGUACUUUCCCAUCACACCACCUGCCAGAUGCCUCUGAUUUGUUGUCAUAUUUAUUCAUUUUCUGCAUUAAAACUGUGAAUUUUUGCAGCUUGGGAUUCAGUAAGAAUUAGCCCAGUCUGUAAACUCUAACAAAGGUACUAUAUGUGUAUUACUUUUAUAAAUAAAUUAUUGUUAAUAAUCAAGAGAUACAGACUUUACUGAAGCAAAAAACAAACAAGUAAACUAAACUAAGUGCUGUUGGUAACACGAGAAAAGACUCUUUUAGGAUCUGCUGGAAGGAUGACCAAGCCAGAGAGAAAGUACUGUAGGUACACUACACUACAGAGCUGCUGAAACAUGACGAGAGACAGAUGCAGACAGUCAACAGUAGAAAAAUAUAUAUUAUUUUAAUAGAACCUUCUCGCCUUUUUCUGAGUCCCUGUUCGCUUUCAUUUUUGGGGGUGGGGGGUCGUCAUGGGAGCGUUGAACCCCUCAAGAGAAACCAACAACAACAACAAUGGGAUCAAAGUUCACAC